CAAUGCAGAUAUCAUGCAUGAUGAGCGUAUAUGCAAUCAUGGAUAGUUUCUGACAGAAUAAUUGUAAACGAAUAACGUUAACCUUGAUAUAAAGAUACUUACAUGUCGAUAAAACGGGCUGAAAGUCACCAAUGUGAUGGCUGGACUCUGAAGGGGCGCUGUAGAUGCUCAAUGCACGUAAAAUACGCGUUGACCCAAGAUGACGUACAUUAAGAAAGAUAGCUAUGAUGAUAUAGACAAAAAUACAAAUACCCAGCAGUCUAGGGUCGAAAACUAUUUUUUACAUUGCUAAUAUAGUGAAUGCCAAAUGAAAAAAAUUUUUUUUCACAAGUGGAUGAGCAUGCGCUUGAAAUUUUAGUUCACUAUCUAGGAUGAUAGCAAAUAUAGAGAGGGAGAGAGAGUAAAUGAAUGUCUUCCCUACUUGGCAAUAAUAAUGACUAUAACAAUAAUAACUAUAGGAAUUCUGCCGCGGUAGCUCAAUGGUUAUGGCAUUGCUGAACACAAGGACAGGGGUGACUAAAUGCAAAAAAAAAAAUGUUCCCGUACGGUAAAGUUCAAAUUUAUUACGGAGAUCUCCACUGCGGCGCCCAUCACAAACUGCAGUGCAGUUUUACAACGUCAGGCCCCGCAAUAUAAUAUUUGCAUUCAUGAACUGUGCUACCUUCCUGUAGUGUAGGUCUUGAGCGAUGGACAACAAGACAGAAGUGAGACACUGUCACGCGCUCGCGCCAGCGACCGUUGAAGAAGAAGAAGAGGAGGUGGUCGUCCUGGCUGUUCGAGGCUCUGAUGUUCAAACGCCGCCGGACUCCUCCACCGUCCUCAGACCAUGGCCGAGCACCGGAACCUGAACGUGUGGCGUGCCACGCACGUGCUCAUCUACGUCUGUUCCAUCGGCACGUCGCUGGGCGCGCUGCUGAGCUACCGCAACAUGAACUCGAGCCUGGAGACCACCAUGGGCAAGUGCAUGCUCUACACGCAGCCCUGGGUCGAGCUGAACGUCAAGACGGGCAACUGCCGCAUCGACCUGGCGCGCACCGAGUGGGGCGGCGACGUGCUCUGCAACUUCGUGCUGUUCUCCAUGCUCGCCUCGUUCGUGUACGGCAUCGUCUCCGUCUGGUUCUUCAUCAUGUGCGCCUCCAGCCGAAGCAUGCCCGAGGACGACAGCAUCGUGCACGUGUGGAAGAUAGUGCCACCGGCCACGGCUCUGAGCACGGUGCUCACGCUGCUCACGUUCAUCAUGGCAUGGCUGGUGACCAGUGGCGUGAACACCUUCUUCUACGAGCUCGAGCUGCGCGUGCUGAGGAAUUGCACCACCCGUGCCGGCGGACCUGCAGCCUGGGAAAACGACAGCGUGGCUACUCUCUACAACGAGAGGCUCACCACGCAGAUCUUCGCCUGGCUCAUUGUGCUGUGCUGGGUGAUGGCUACCCUGUCGCUCGUCUGCCGCUGCAUGACGGCUGCUGACUUCGGCACUAACGGAGAGCAGGCCACCCUGCACCCCGGCGGCGAGGUGGUCACCUACCUGGGCGGGCUCGUGUCCUCGCUCUACCGGGCCGGCAGGCAGCCCGCGAUCACCGCGGCUCAUUUGGCCGUCAGGCCGCGCCCGACGCAGGAGCGGCGGGACGCGGUGUGACAACAGAGGAAAUGGCAGUGGACUCGUUCUUCACUUGUCCCAGCGCGUAGAAGAAGCUGCCAACUUUGGCCAUCUUGUAGCAUUAUCGAGAUAUUUUCGAUUGUACAUCGUGAUUUCUGCUUUUUUCCUGAACUAGGCGUAUUGGGUUGUCGUCGCGUAUAUUUCGUACAACGACGCAUCAGUGUAAUUACAAGAAUGCUUGCUCACCACCUCUCAGAUGGUACCAUUGUGUAUUACUGUGUCAAGUUUCUAAGCUAAAAAAGGAUCGUUUUAUUGCUGUUGUCCCAGAAAGAAAACUGUAUGUUUUCCAGGCUAAAACGAAAAGCUGCUGCCGCGUACAGUAGCGCGCAGUAUGAGCUGCAGCGCGUUGCCCGCGGUUGAAGGGGCUCCAAGGCUGCAUGGUGCCGCUGAAAUACGAACAGUUGGAGAAGAGAAAAUUUCGGCCGGAAAAUUUCGGACUGACGACGACUGUCGACUGUAAUGCGUUUAGCAUUAGAGACACAACGUACUGCCACCUUCGAAACGAGCUAUUCAUGAGGCGUGUACUACAGCGGGGGCUCCUUUCGUGCUUCCUUAAGGACGCUCGGCUUCAACUAGCGCCGCCGCCACGACGCCUUCGCGUGCGGCCUCGGAAAUGCGUGGUGCGUCGGUGCGUACGAACACUGAGAAACGCGUCAUGCGGCAACCGGUCUCCUGUCUCGCUCUUCUUUCUGGAAGUUUGCGCGUGUUCUCCGAGCCGAGAAGCGUGGCGCAUUGGUGCCUUCAAACGCUGGCAAUUGUUCCCUCGCUUGCCGCACGCUCAGUGGAACAUACCCUGUGACCUAACUUAGCGAGAGGUUCGUUGAAGAGCGGCACACAGUGCAUUCAUGGCACAGCUCGCUAAAGCGUUGGCGGGGAAGGCGUUAAUUGAAAAGCGACACAUAUCCAGUGCAUUUGUGGCUCAGCCUGCUAAUGCGUUGGGUUGAUGUCCUUGUGGAAGCCUUGUUACGCAUGUUCUAUUCGACUCAGCAUGGGAGCAAUUUGAGAUAUUUUUCGUCAUUGUAGAGCGGCACAUUCCCAGUGACACAUACCUUGUUACCCAAUAUGGCGUCAAAGUCGUUCAGUGAAGAGCGGCACACACCUACUGGAACAUACCCAGUGAUUCUAGUUGGCAUCAAAGAGGUUCAUUAGUGACCAGGACCAACGUCGCGGCACAUGUCCAGUGCUCCAAACGGGCGUGAAAGUUUCUUAGAACAGCGGUGCCCGCCGAGUCUUGAAUCUUCAGCAACCCAUGUCGACGUGAAAGAGGUUCGUUGAAGAGGGGCAUGUAUGAACACUUUGGCACGUAUUAAAUGACUCAUGUUAGUCCCGUGGUUUAGAACUCUGCUGCCUUAACAGAGCAGCGCGGUGCUCUAACCAUUCGACUGCAGACUAUCCAGCGACCCAGGUUGGUGGGAAUACUGUUAGAAAUAUAGGUGCAUAAAUACAUGCACUGAUGGAUAGGUAGCUCGCGGAAAGUGCGUGAAGUAUCCUGAGAAUGCUAAAGCAUCGGAAGCUCAUUAGUGGAUUUUCACCAUUUAGUUGAUUUACGAUGGUCGACAGAUUUCAGCUCAGAAACCUAAAUGUUUACGCAACAACAGCCUAAGUUUACCUCCUGGUUUUUCACCCCAUUAUUAGGAGUAUCAAAAUAUAUUGUGAGGAAUUUUGCAUGAAUGGUUAUGUCGUGUGGGAUGAGGCGAAUGUUUUUAGUUUCUUUUUGUUUAAAUGCCUAAUGAGAGCAAGCUUUUACGUGCGAGAUUUCUCGAAGUACAGGGAUCGCUGUACUUGGGAUGGUGGAACUCAUUACCGUAUGUUUCAUUCUCUUCUACCAAUAAAUUGGCGCUGUGUAGUAUUGUGGUGCCU